UCUAUAUAAACAGAAAAACCGAAGUAACUUAGCAGGCCAGAAUUUUUAAACCAAUUAGUUUGAGAACUACUGUCGAGUGUUUUGGAACUUUUUUAAAUAUAUAACGGCAAAAAUUCUGUUAUACAAAAAAAACAUCUAUAUAAAUAAAAAUUAGAAUAUGAGCGCUAAAAAUAUUCCUCGUCGUCAGGCUAUUCCUGUACUCUACACUCGCGGUACUCACUAUGAUGUGGGUUUCGAUAUGGGUCGUACAUUUUCAUCAAUGAUUAAAAACUUUUUGCUCUUAUCGUCUCCAUUACUUGAAGUUUAUUUACCUUUGUACGCUACCGAAAAAGGAAAGAAUGCUUAUAAUGAAACUUUAGAAAGUGUUAAGAACUCAUUCCCUCAAUAUAUCAGAGAAUUAGAAGGUGUGGCAGAUGGUGCCCAAGUAGAAUUCCACAAGUUAUUCCUCUUGCAUAUGGAUGAAAUUCUACCACAAAGCCUUAAAUAUCUAAAUGCUGUAGAUAAAAAACAGCCUACUGGAUGCUCAACAAUUAUUUUGAAUGGUGAAAAUGAACGCAUUUUAGCUCAUACCGAAGAUGCUUUAACAGAAACACUUAAUCAUUAUUAUUUUGUGGUUGCUCACAUCAUAAAUGAUACACCACAGGGUAAAUAUAAUGUCAAGGAAGAACGUUUUAUGUCCUUAUGUUAUGCUGGUCAUUUACCUGGUUAUACAAUGAAUUACAAUCAUCAUGGUUUGGUAUUUUCAAUUAACACUCUAUCGGCUGAAAUCUUAAGAAGUGGCAAAAUACCACGUCACUUCCUUACCAGAGCCUUGUUAAGCGCUGAAAACUUUGAUCAAGCUUUGGAUAUUUUAAAAGACGCUGGUAUAGGUGCUGCUGAUGGCUGUUCCAUUAAUAUUACUUUCCUUAACGAUCCUUCCAAAUUGUGCUACAAUAUUGAAAUGGCUCCAGUUUUAGGUGAUGCUAAAGAAUCUCGUUUGGAUAUUAAGAAAAUCGAGAAAGGCGAACACAACUAUCAUACCAACCAAUAUGAACGCAUGGAUAUUGAACAGGCUAAUCAAUUGCAAGUCGAUUCUAGUGUCUCACGCAUGCAUACAUUUAGUACUUAUAAACCACCUCAAACUAAAAGUGACAUUGUGGAAAUGUUGGGCGAUUGCAGUGGUGGUGAACACUGCGUUUUCCGUGAAGAUGGAACACUCGAACAAUUGGUUAAAACUAUUUGUGUGGGUGUUUUCGAUUUGAAUGAAAAAACUGUGGCUUUAUAUUCGGACAAUCCACGUACUAAUGAGCCACAUGUUGUAUUGCCAUUAAUAUUGAAAUAAGUUUUAGCAAAUUCCAAAUGAAUAAAUACAUAUUUUUAGUUUCUAUUCUGUUUAUGAAAUUACAUUUUAAAACAUUAUUGUAGAGUUUAAAAAGAGUAUUAUUAAAAUUAAUAUUUUAAUUAUUAAAA